CGAAACUUCGACAAGCUAAAAUGAAUUUCAAAAAAUCCACCACUCUUAUAUAUUUCGUGAUGAUGGCAUCCAUGUGCUGCGGACACAUUGGUGGAGGGCAACUCUCAUUCCAAGAUUUAACUCCUCAAGUGUACUGUGGUCGGGUACUGGCGAAGGCCCUCGCAUAUCUCUGCUAUGACGAACCAUUGAACGAAAAGAGAACGGAAACAGGCACGAUGUACAAUUCGAUUCUCGCACCAUAUUAUAAGGAGCAAGAGAACCAAAUUGGCUGGCCGUGGCUGGCGCAUCACAAGGCGAGAAGCAUGGGUAUCCCACGAAGCAAACGUCUCGUCGUCAACGAGUGUUGUGACAAGGCUUGUAAUUUAAGCGAAUUAUUAUCCUAUUGUUGAAUUAUUGAUUAUCGAUAUUGUUGUUAUUAUGCUUUGU